UUAAACCAACAGCCAGGCAGGAGCAUAGAACACACAAGCAAAGCCAGCCCAACCACAACUCAGGAAAGCAAGACACACGCUCUUCCUCCAGUACACCUCUCAUACUGGAGAAAGUGAAUACACAAGGCUGGGGAAUGAGUAUUUUUGAGUCAGAUAAAACUUGCUGAAGGCACCAAAUUUUUCACCAAAGAGAAAAAUCUGUGGAAUCAAAGGACAUUAAAGAAAAAGCACCAAAAAAAAAAACUGCAAAGGAAACCCCCUGCUGCACAGAAUCCGGAUUAUCAACUUCUUUUUUUUUUUUUUUUGGAACAUGGCAGUGUCCCUGGUGGGAGACACUUGUUGAGGUGGUCAUCCGUUCUGGGCUACUGAGGAAGAUCGUUAUCGUUUUUUGGAGGGGGUGUGUGAUCAUGCCGAGGAGCGCUUUCCCUCACCUGCUGGCGGGGCUGUGGGUGUUGUGGUUCUGGGAAGCUGUGCUGGUGUCAGGAAGCAAACUAUGGGAAGUACCAACAGCACCCUUUACAUCGCCUGUCAACAGUACAGCCAAACUGGUGUGGGAGCCACCGUGUCAGUCUCAGCUGCGCCACCUACAGGAUGGGGCCAAAAUCACAGCCCUCAUCCCACCGAGGCUGGAGGGAAACUGGGUCUCAACCAGGUGUGAGGUUCGUCCUGGCCCCGAGUUCCUCACCCGCUCUUACACCUUCUACCCGAGCCGUCUCUUCAAGGCCCUGCAGUUCUACUACGCGGACAGCGGCUGCCGGGAUCCGGCCUACUCCCUGCUGAUCCGGGGCAAGCUGCGUCUGCGCCAGGCCUCCUGGAUCACGCGGGGAGGUACGGAGACUGAGCACCACCUGCACAAGGUGGGCGUGGUCUUCCACACCCCCGCCGCCAUGCACCGGCUGGCCGCCCGCCUGCCCCCGGCCUGCCUGGGCCCGGCCCCGCCCCGCUGGGUGCCUGGCCGCCUGUACGAGCUCUACAGCUCCAAGGCAGGCCGGGACUGCCUGGGACCGCUGGGCUUCUCCAUGAUGGAGUUAAGCCUGCUGAGAGUGGAGACUCAGCACCACGUUCACGGCCGGCUGGUGCAGGAGCUCUUCCUGGGCGACGUCCACACCGACUGGAGCCAACGCACCCACUACCGCCCCACCGGAUACCAGCGCCCGCUGCAGAAUGCCAUGCACCACAUCCACCCCUGCCCGGUGUGUGGGCGGGUGUACCGCUCCUCGGAACAGCACCCCCCAGUGCUCCCACCCACCCCCUCCCUGCCACUGACCCUCGGGGGGCGCUGGGUGAGCCAGGAGUGCGAGGCCCGGCCCGCUGUGCUCUUCCUCACCCGUCACUUCACCUUCCACGAGGCUCAGCGCUCCUGGGAGGGCGUCUACCAGCACUACUCCGACCCUGCCUGCCGCCAGCCCACCUUCACCGUGAGGGCCCUGGGCCACUACGCCUGGGGGGGGCCCUCUCCGAAAGUGCGGGGGGGCACGGAGUUUGUCUUCAAGGUGACGCAGGCCAUGGUGACGGUGCACGACAGGGCGACGGCCAGGCUGCUGAACGGCUCUCAGGAGGGCAGCUGCGGGCAGGCGGGGGCCUGGGAGGUGGGCGCGGAGCAGGACGUCACCCCCACCAGCGGGUGCACGGCGCUGGGAAUCAAACUACCGCACAAGGAGUACGAGCUCUUCAAGACCGAGCUGGAUUACAGACAGCGCCCUCUGCUGUUCAUCGGGGAGAGACCCACCGAUGGCUCCAGCCCAGACCGGCCCCAGAAGAGGCCCACCUCCUACCAGGCCCCGCUUAUCCGGUGCAGUCUCGACAGCUUUCCACCCUAUGAGUACAGCCAACAAAGUGCCCCCUCUCCGCUACCUGCCAGUGGGGCUACCAGCCUACGGUGGCAGCUUAGCUUGGCCUUGGUCCCCGUACUUGGUAGCUGGUACAUCUUGGCAACACACUGACACAAAGACUGCUUGAGGGCAGUUGGCCCCAUUGCUGCUUGCUGUCUCUU